UGCCUGCAAAACCUUGCCACACGACCUCCGUUGGCAAUUCCCGCCUGCAACCCCCCCUUGCAACUCCUGCUUUCAGUUUAUCCUUGCAAGCCGCGCCUCGCUCAGCCAUGCGUGCCGCCCUGCGAUUGGCCGCCCUCCGCAAACACCUUACUAACAAUGGCAGUGGUGAUAUCGGUUUGAUCGGCUUGGCCGUCAUGGGCCAAAACUUGAUCUUGAACGCCGCCGACAAGGGCUUCACGGUCGUUGCCUACAACAGAACCGUGGCCAAGGUCGACGAGUUCUUGGACAACGAGGCCAAGGGCAAGUCCAUCAUUGGCGCCCACUCCAUCGAGGAGCUCGUGGCCAACUUGAAGAGACCAAGAAGAAUCAUUCUCUUGGUCAAGGCCGGCAAGCCUGUCGACGCCUUCAUCGAGCAGCUCUUGCCCCACUUGGAGAAGGGCGACAUCAUCAUCGACGGUGGUAACUCGCACUACCCUGACUCCAACCGCCGUUACGAGGACUUGAAGGAGAAGGGCAUUUUGUUUGUCGGCUCCGGUGUGUCCGGUGGUGAGGAGGGUGCGCGCCACGGUCCCUCUUUGAUGCCCGGUGGACACCCAGACGCGUGGCCCCACAUCAAGGAGAUCUUCCAGUCCAUCGCCGCCAAGACCGACGGCGAGCCAUGCUGCGACUGGGUCGGCGAGGCCGGUGCCGGCCACUACGUCAAGAUGGUCCACAACGGUAUCGAGUACGGUGACAUGCAGUUGAUUUGCGAGGCCUACGACUUGAUGAAGAGAGUCGGCAAGUUCUCCAACAAGGAGAUCGGUGACGUCUUCGCCAAGUGGAACAAGGGUGUUUUGGACUCCUUCUUGAUUGAGAUCACCAGAGACAUCAUGUACUUCAACGACCCCACCGACGGCCAGCCUUUGGUGGAGAAGAUCUUGGACACCGCCGGCCAGAAGGGUACUGGUAAGUGGACCGCCAUCAAUGCCUUGGACUUGGGUAUGCCUGUCACCUUGAUUGGUGAGGCCGUCUUCUCCAGAUGCUUGUCUGCCAUCAAGGGCGAGAGAGAGAGAGCCUCCGCCGUGUUGACCGGCCCCACCGUCGAGGGCGAGUCCCCUAUCACCGACAAGCAGAAGUUUGUCGACGACUUGGAGCAGGCCUUGUACGCCUCCAAGAUCAUGUCGUACGCGCAGGGCUUCAUGUUGAUCAGAGAGGCCGCCAAGGAGUACGGCUGGAAGUUGAACAACCCAGCCAUUGCCUUGAUGUGGAGAGGCGGCUGUAUCAUCAAGUCCGUGUUCUUGGGUGAGGUCACCGCUGCGUACAGAGAGACGCCAGACUUGGAGAACUUGUUGUUCCACCCAUUCUUCCAGGAAGCCGUGACCAAGGCGCAGCAGGGCUGGAGAUCGUCCAUCGCCAAGGCCAUCGAGUUCGGUGUGCCCGUGCCCGCCUUCACCACGGCGUUGUCCUUCUACGACGGCUACAGAUCGGCGCAAUUGCCCGCCAACUUGUUGCAGGCCCAGAGAGACUACUUCGGUGCGCACACGUUCAAGGCGUUGCCAGGCAAGGAGAACGACUUCUUGAAGGGCGACUGGAUCCACGUCAACUGGACCGGCAGAGGCGGCAACAUCUCUGCGUCCACCUACGACGCCUAGGCGCGCGGCGGUGUGCAGAACGCGUAUAUCAAUAAAGAAC